AUUUGAGAGAGAGAGAGAGAGAGAGAGAGAGAGACAAUUGCCUGGAUCAUGUGUAGAAAUGUGUAGGCUUGUUUACGCGGAGAGAGACUCUGUCUAAAGUGCCUGUGAAAGUCCGAUCACAUGGUAGAGAUAGAGAGACAGGGCGAAGGACUGGAAAGGAAAGACCCACUUAAACCAACAAGGGAGAUAAGGAGAUAAGGAGCGACCGGAGCGGAGCAGGGAGUAUGCUUCAGCAAGUCUUCACUGCACUCUUUCGUUUUUUCAGGGGCGGACGACAGGUGUUCCCGCCUCUGGAGGAGAAGGGCGUGCACUCGGACGCGUUGCAGGAUGCACUGCUUCGGCUGGCCUCCGUCGCCGACUCGGCGUCGCUGCGGGACGCCAUCAGAGAGUCCCUCCUCGGCGUCCUCUCAGGACCGGGCCGUGUGUAUGUGUACCUAGCGGAGGGCGACCCUGGAUGCUUCUGGUGUGAAAAUCCUCCGCAUGAGCUGCAGAAAGAGGGAAGAUUCAGAGAUGUGGUUGUCCAACAGAGGAGGGUGCAGUAUGAGGGCUUCCUUCUGUCCGAGCUGCAGGACCUGCAGGGACCGAACCUCAGCCCGCCCCUGCAGGAAGACAAACCAGUACUUAUCAUUCCCAUACCGGACCAGGAUCGUGACACAACCUCUGCUCUCCUUGUGCUUUGCUGCACCCGGCCCACUGAAAGCCAGGAACAAAAUCUCGACAUCUUGGAGAAACACGUCACAGUUGCCUGUAGGAGGGUCAGGGCUCUACAGGGUCAGACAGUCACACAGAGGUCAGAGGUCAUGAGGUCCUCAACUGUGGCUCAGACGACCUCCCCCGAGGAUGUCGACAGGAACGCGAUCGACCAGCAAAUUCUUAGACUAUGUGGCGAUCUGUACGACCUAGAUGCUACCACUCUCCAGCUAAAGGUCCUCCACUAUCUGGAGCAGCGGACCCAGUCCCUGUGCUGCUGUCUGCUCCUCGUGUCCGAGGACAGUCAACAGCUGUUCUGCCAGGUGGUCGGGGACAAGGUUCUGGACCGAGAGAUCAGCUUCCCUCUGACGUUCGGCCGACUCGGACACGCCGUGGACGAGAGGGCGAGCAUCUCCCUGCAGGACGUCACCCCAGCCGAGCAUCAGAAGUUGAACGGCACGCUGGGAUUCGAAGUCCGGUCCAUGCUGUGCGUCCCCGUGGAGUGCAGGGCCACCUCCAAGGUCGUGGCCCUCGCCUGCGCCUUCAACAAGAAGGGAGCCCACAAACACACAGAAGCAGAUGAACGCAUCGUCCAGCACUGUUUUCGCUAUACGUCCUCAGUGCUGACCAGUACGCUGGCCUUCCAGAAGGAACGCAGGCUCAAGUUUGAAUGCCAGGCCCUGCUUCAGGUCGCCAAAAACCUCUUCACACACCUAGAUGACGUAUCAGUGCUGCUAAAAGAGAUAAUUGCCGAAGCACGGAGACUCACCAGUGCAGAGAUUUGCUCCGUGUUCCUACUGGACCGGGUGAGUCAAGAACUGGUGGCCAAGGUGUUUGACGGAGGGGUGGUCAUCGAUGAGGAGACAGAGCUGCGUAUCCCUGCCGACCAGGGUAUCGCUGGCCACGUGGCCACGACGGGUCAGAUCCUGAACAUCACCGACGCCUACUCCCACCCCCUCUUCUACCGCGCGGUGGACGCCAGCACGGGCUUCCACACCCGCAACAUCCUCUGUUUCCCCAUCAAGGACGAGCAUGGAGUGGUCAUAGGCGUGGCCGAAUUGGUCAACAAGACCAACGGGCCGUGGUUCACCCGUCUGGACGAGGACCUGGCCACGGCCUUCUCCAUCUACUGUGGGAUCAGCAUCGCGCACUCCCUCCUGUAUAAGAAGGUCGAUGAGGCCCAGUUUAGGAGUCAGCUAGCCAAUGAGAUGAUGAAGUACCACAUGAAGGUGUCAGAGGAGGAAGUGACACGGCUGCUGGUUUCGGGGAUCCAGCCGGUGGCCGAGAUCCAUCCCUGCUUCUCUCAGUUCACUUACACGCCCCGCUCCCUCUCUGACGACAGCACGCCGCUGGCUAUCAUGAGCAUGUUCGAGGACAUGGGCUUCAUCAAUACUUUCAAGAUCAACAUGAGGACGCUGGCAAGGUUCUGUCUGAUGGUGAGGCGAGGCUACAGAGACCCUCCCUACCACAACUGGAUGCACGCCUUCUCCGUCUCCCAUUUCUGUUUCCUCCUCUGCAAGAACCUGGAGCUCUCCAAUUACCUCGAAGACAUAGAGAUCUUCGCCCUCUUCGUUUCCUGCAUGUGUCACGACCUGGAUCACCGAGGCACAAAUAACUCCUUCCAGGUUGCAUCGAAAUCUGUGUUGGCUGGUCUGUACAGCUCUGAAGGAUCUGUGCUGGAGCGGCAUCACUUUGCUCAGGCCAUCGCCAUCCUCAACACCCAGGGCUGCAACAUCUUUGAGAAGUUUUCCCGAAAGGACUACCAGCGGAUGUUGGAUCUGAUGAGCGACAUCAUCCUGGCCACAGACCUGGCUCACCACCUUCGGAUCCUCAACGAUCUGAACAAAAUGGCCGACAAGGGUUAUGACAUUAAUGACCCCCAGCAUCAUAACCUGCUCUUGUGCAUGAUGAUGACCUCCUGUGACCUUUCAGACCAGACCAAGGACUGGAAAACCACCUGGAAGAUUGCAGGACUAAUUUACAAAGAAUUCUUCUCUCAAGGAGAUCUGGAGAAGGCUAUGGGGAACCUCCCCAUUGAGAUGAUGGACAGAGAGAAGGCUUACAUUCCACAGCUGCAGAUCGGCUUCAUGGAGCACAUAGCCAUGCCCAUUUACAAACUCCUACAGGACAUGUUCCCCAAGUCCGCCGAGCUGUAUGAGACAGUGGCCUCUAAUAGGGAGCAGUGGGCCAAGGUCUCUCACAAGCUCAACAUCAGAGGCCUGCCUGCCAACGACUUCCUGGACGAGGAGUUUGAACAGGACCCGUCCAACGGUCAGGACGAACAGGAGGAACAGGGUGGUUCAACAGCGUGAGGAGGACAUCUACGGUGGCCCACAAGCCCAAACUAG